AACGCGAGGACAGGAAGUGAGGAGACACUUUAGCAUGAUGUAAUGCACCCUAGGAUUGGUGCGUUCAGGGGACGUUUAAAAGAAUCGAAUCUGAAACUGACUUCAGCCUCGCUCCUCUCAGAUCCUUUUGUCAUCCAUUAUAAGCUACCGGUCACCUGGAUCAUCUGAAGGCGGGAAUACAAAAGUUGAACGGGACAGCUAAAUUAGCUAGCUAAGCUACCGCGUCAAGGGUCUUUGGAAACCAGUCGACAAAAUGCUAGCUCGUAUGCUGUUUAACCUCCUCAACAACCUCCAUGUAGUUGAGAAGCUGGCAGAGUCUCGUCCGAUUCGCAGGGCGGCCCAGAUCACAGCCUACGCCAUCACCAAGGCUCAGAUAGCCGGCCGGGACGCCUCAGAGCGGGUCCUGAGGUCACAGACGCUGCGACAGGUCCGGGACGAGGUCGGCAGAGUCCCCGGGGACAUGGGAGAGGUGGGCAGCCGCCUCAGGAAGGUCGGAGAGACAUUUGUGAAUGAAGUGAAGGAGGGAUGGAAAGACGGCUCCAGACAGAUCAAGAAGUAAAGAGGACAGACUGGCUGUGUAGAGACUGAGAAGCCACUGAAAACUUCUGUGACUGGUUAUUGAUAGCUGACAAGUUCUCAUGUUUCUAUUGAACCAUCAGUGACUGAAGGAGGUCAAAGGAGAGCUGAUGUAUCAACAAUCUGCCUCAGAAACACUACAGCAGACUGAUGGUUAUCUGCAGCCAUCACAAAGUGGCUUCAUGCUGGACAAUGGUCAUUUCACAAUCAGAAAUGGUGGUUGUUAAUAAUGCGAAGAGGUCCACACCUACCUGCAAUUUAUGGCCAGAUAUUUUAUUUUAAACUAAAUAAAUGCACUGUAUUCACAUCUCUGCACACACCUGGACGUGUUCUUUUUACCUGUUAGUGGAAAUGUAGAGCCUGUCUUGGAGAUUUAAGUUGAAGUUUGUGAUAAUGUGGAAAUGUUACGUGCACUUUUCUGGAAUAAGUUGACAGUUCAGAGUUAUUUCAUUAAAAACUGAUUCCUUAGACUGCCUAUCAGCCAUGGCCUCUUCACAACAAUUUCUGAAACAAAACCACACACUGGUAGUUCAGCAAAUGAUGCCCUUUAAUUUUGGUUGUUAGUUUUUUACCAUUUCUCUCCAGCCAUGGCACAAAUCUUGCUGCUUUCACAAAUCUGUGCAUGAGGUUGUCCUGGUCAAUAUUUUUAUUGGACAAAAAAUCUACAUUAGAGACAGAUGUGAUGAUAUGUAUAGACAAUGAAUUCACUGUUUUUGCUGAGUGUAUAAUAAAUAUUAUAAUUUAUAACACUGCACUUUGAUGGACCGUGUCAGUUGAUAUUACUUACAAUUGAUAUAAUCUCAGGACUUAAAGCUUAAAGUGUAAAUAAAAAAGAAUAACAUUU